AUGACAGCUCAUAAUGUUCAAUUCCAAGAAGAAACCCGAAACAAUAAAAAAAACACCACAACAUCCAUAAAAUAUCUUGAAGUCCAGAUGGGUCAAAUAGCACAACAAUUAGCCUCGAGUUCUCAAGCAGAAGGUGCUCUACCUAGUGCAACUGUGACAAAUCCUAAAGAGCAUAAUAAUGUGAGCGAUAUGAUAACAGGAAGUGGUAAAUCUGAUGAAGUAGUUGAGGAGAUGGAUGAAGAGGAAGAUCAAUUGAUCAAAGUGGAUCUUGAGAUCAAAGAAAAUGAAGUUGUGAGGGAAGAAGUGGUGGCACCAAAAACAAUAGUGAAAGAAACAAUCACUAAGCCUAAGCCGGUUGUUAAGCUUCCUUUUCCCACAAGAAACAAGAAAAAUGGGCAACAUGAGAAAAACUUUGAAAAGUUCCUAGAGUUGUUCAAGAAGCUAGAGAUUAACAUUCCGCUGUUGGAAGCACUUGAACAAAUUCCUAUUUAUGCCAUUUUCAUGAAGGACAUCAUUUCUAAGAGGCGUGCCAUCGACACUAACCCAAUUAUUCUAACCGAAACUUGUAGUGUUAUUUUGCAGGGAACAAGUAUGAUUCUCAUGUCGUUAUCCAUUUACAAGAAGCUUGGUAUAGGGGAUGUGCAAGAUACUAGGAUGACACUCCAAUUCGUCGAUCAUUCAGUCAAGAAACCGUAUGGUAUUGUUGAAGAUGUUCUUGUAAAAAUUGACAAGUUUGUAUUCCUGGUGGACUUCGUAAUUCUAGAAAUGCCUGAAGAUGAAGAGAUCCCUCUCAUCCUUGGGAGACCCUUUUUAGAGACGGGAAGAUGCUUGAUCAACAUUGAAGAAGGGACUAUGGCGUUGAAGGUUUAUGAUGAGGAAUUAAAGAUUGAUGUUCGAAACACCAUGAAGUACAAAUAUGAUAUUUGUACCAGUCAUACUAUAGAAGUUCUGGAUCAAGUGAUGACGUAUGAUAGUCCUUUGAAUGCACCACAGUUACCUUUGGAAAGAGUGUUGAGUUGUCCAUUUUCGAGAGUGAUAAAAAAAUGGACAACGGGGAAUCAGAAGUGCUGGCCUUGA